AUGGCUGCUCGCUUCCAUAACAGCACCCUGAAGAACCCUGCCGCGAGAAUUGUACCUGUUUUUAUACUUGACAGUUUCGGAGAAAUCGCCAGCCCUGACUCCAAGAACUUCCCUCGGAACGCCAUAGAGUUUUACAGCAUGAGAGAUAACCCGAAGGAGCGUCUCACCAGGAUGUUGCAUUACCUCGUUGGCUUCUACGACGUCCAGUUGGACCACCAGGAGCUGUCACAUUCCGACUCGGAAGCCAUCGAUGACAUCUUCCCUAGACAGAAAGUCGACACUACAUGCGUAGCAGUGGAGAUGCUAGAAAGUAACCUCGGUCUCAACGAGGAAAACUUUAUCAAGUUCAAGGAAAGGGCAGCUGCCCUCAUGCACCGCUUUCCCCAGCCACCCAUCAAGCGCCCGAAUCCACCGUCCACAAGCAUCGACGAAGGGAAGCGGAAACUUGCCUCUAGACCAUCCCAACGAGCGCCCACGAAGCCCAAGAGCUUCGGUUCCGGCGAGGAAGAUCAGAUCGUCGGGGAGGAAUAG